GGUGAGCUUCCGAUGGAGGGAAAGACCGACAUUGGAAGCCCAUCGAAUCCACUGGGGAGCAACGAGCGAGGCACUCUGACUGAUUCGGUGUCCGCUGCUGCUCCUGCUGCUGCUGCUGCUGUUCUGUUGGGUCGCUCAUUAUUUACCCCUCGUUCUCUUCUUCCCUCUCCUCUUUCCCUCCCCAUCAUCCUCUCCAAAAUCUUGAAUUUACCCCUAGAUCCAAGGUAAUCCAAUCUUCAAAAACCGUCAAAAUGGUCAAGGCUGUCGCUGUUAUCCGUGGAGACUCCAAGGUCUCCGGCACUGUCACUUUCGAGCAGGCCAACGAGAACACCCCCACCACCAUCUCCUGGAACAUCACUGGCCACGACGCCAACGCUGAGCGUGGCUUCCACGUCCACCAGUUUGGUGACAACACCAACGGCUGCACCUCCGCUGGCCCUCACUUCAACCCCUUCGGCAAGACCCACGGUGCUCCCGAGGACGACGAGCGUCACGUCGGUGACCUUGGCAACUUCAAGACCGAUGCCGAGGGUAACGCCGUUGGCUCCAAGCAGGACAAGCUGGUGAAGCUCAUCGGUGCCGAGAGCGUCCUGGGCCGGACCCUGGUCGUCCACGCUGGUACUGAUGACCUCGGCCGUGGUGGCAACGAGGAGUCCAAGAAGACCGGUAACGCUGGUCCUCGUCCCGCCUGCGGUGUCAUCGGCAUUGCCGCUUAAGUGCCUAACUCAGUCUCCAGAGCUGUUCGACUAGGAUGUGAAGGGCUAGAACAGAAUGAGUAGUCUGCCAUUAUCUUGUCGACAACAGGAAUAAAAUGAAUGCACGAAUGACUUGAUGCCAACUGUUAUGAUAACCGGCAUUUCUGCCAGACUGUAUCGAAGCGCUGAUUACCUCUGCUGUGGGUAGUACAGAAUGUAACAAUUUCACUGGAAGAAUUAGCUUUCUACUUUGACGUCCAAGUAGUACAUGUCAAGAUGCACAGUCUCAUCAUCGUCUCCUUUGUGAUUGUACUCGUUGCGGCCUAGGGUGAUUCUAGCGCUUACAGCUACAUAAUUGGUGUCACGGAACACAUGGACUUGAGGCGAGCCAACAGACAUGCCCAAGUUUGAUCAAUUAGCACAGCGCUCGUCGCCAGAAACAUUGAGUAGACAAUUGUUUAUGCUGCAGCUCAA